AUGUCACCGCCCUACUCGGAAGAAAACGUCCCUGAUAACGCACCAGAGCAUUGUCCUGGAACUGGAAGCGAUCAAGCAGGCAAAGCAUCAGCAUGUGAAGGCUGUCCCAAUCAGAAUAUCUGUGCCACGGCUCCCAAAGGACCUGAUCCCGCUAUUCCAUUGAUUACAAAGCGUAUGGAAACUGUCAAGCGCAAGAUCCUGGUGCUUUCCGGCAAAGGCGGUGUAGGCAAAUCGAGCUUUACAGCACAACUUGCAUUUGCGCUUGCUCAUGACGAUGAUACUCAAGUUGGUGUUAUGGAUGUGGAUAUUUGUGGACCCUCGAUACCAGUGAUUAUGGGCUUAAUGGGUGAACAAAUUCAUCAAAGCAACAGUGGAUGGCAACCGGUCUUUGUUCAAGAGAAUCUUGGUGUCAUGAGCAUUGGAUUUAUGUUACCUGACAAGGAUGAUGCUGUCAUUUGGCGUGGACCCAAAAAGAAUGGAUUAAUCAAGCAAUUCCUCAAAGACGUCGAUUGGGGCACCCUCGAUUUCAUGUUGGUUGAUACACCACCAGGUACAUCGGAUGAGCAUCUUUCAGUGGCAAGUUACCUCAAGGAAAGUGGUAUCGAUGGCGCUAUUGUGAUCACAACACCUCAAGAAGUGGCAUUGCAGGAUGUGCGAAAGGAAAUCGACUUUUGUCGCAAGGUGGGCAUUCCUGUACUUGGCUUGGUCGAAAACAUGUCUGGCUUUGUAUGUCCCAAUUGCCAUGGUGAAUCCAUGAUCUUCCCUCCUUCCACAGGUGGCGCUGAGGCACUUGCCAAGGAAACGGGUAUCGAACUUCUUGGCCGUAUUCCAUUGGAUCCAAGGAUUGCAAAGAGUUGUGAUAUGGGCUUGUCCUUUUUGGAAGAAUAUCCGGAUUCACCCGCUUGUCAAGCAUACGAUGAUAUUAUCGACAAACUACGUAACAAGCUGCCAUUGUAA